AUGGCCCCCGCACCUUCCCCUGCCACCACGCGCUCGUCCCGGAAACGCGCCAGUUCCGUAUGUUCGUCCGAGGAGUCGUCGUCGUCGUCCUCGUCUGAACCGACACCGGCGACCAAGAAGCGAGCAACGGGUACCAAAGUCAGUGACAAGGUCGCCAAGAAGGAAUUGCGGAUGGAGCGGAAUAGGGGUAAGUUCCUGCACAUCCCACCUGCGACCGGGCGAACGCAAGGCCGAACCGGUCUCUGGCGCCAGGGACAAUGGGCGGGCGGUGCGGUGCACACACGCGCGCGAGUCAUAAUUGGCCAGCAGCCGCCGCCGUUCGCCGCCACCACGACCCGUCAUCAUGACCCUGCCCGAGCCCGAGCUCGAGCCCGCUUGUCUCACCUGUCUCAGCUCGAUUCCCAGCCGCAGAAAACGUCGUCAGCGCAUGUGCUGACUAUUGUUCCCUUUGAUCUACCUCAGUUGCCGCUCAAGCAUCCCGAGAUCGGAAGCGCGUACAUCAAGAGAGUCUGGAGUCCAAGAUCGAGCACCUCGAACGCCAGCUCGCUCAGGCCCUGUCGGGUUCGGCCACCUCCAGUCCGUCGCGCGGGCGGUCCAUCACACCAGCCGAUUCGCAACACCUCGCCGACGAGAACGAAACACUCAGGAGUAAACUCGAGAUUGAACGGCGGCAAAGCGCCGCCCUCAAGGGUCGGUUGGGCGCGCUCGAGGCCAAGUUCCUGCGCCUCGAGGGCCUCCUAGCCUCGCCUUCAUCAUCCACCUCGGGCGCACCUCCUGUCGCACAUACCUCUCUCCCGACGACAUCGCCCUCCGUAUUGCUCUCGACACUACCCUCGCCGUCAUUGAUCCCGUUGCCAUUUUCCCUCGCACUGGACAACCUGCCCGAACUGCUACGUGUCGAGUCAACGGUCCCGGACCCGGCCGCCAGCAGCAACCAUGGCCUCGCCACCGAUGCGAUGGACGUGUUGGACCUCGCGAAAGACGAGUCGUUAGUAGACAACCUUAGCCUCUCCGCACGAGAAGCUUCCUCCCUGCCGCGGAGGUUGUCGAAACCGUCUCCCUCGACCGAGCGUCCCUCACGUCAGUGCAUGCGUCGCCUUCAGCUCAACGCCAACCUGAACCCGAGCUUGCACGAAAUUUUGUCGGCGAUUUCGAUUCGGCCGCGUCUUCCCCCCUCGCCGUCGAUGGCGCGACCCUCAACCGCGCCUGGACCAACUGGGCUGCGAGCCUCGACCCCGUCGCCUCAGUUGCUGGCAGCAACGAUCUUGUCGACUUUGACGCGUGGCUCAACACGAACGCCGUCGAGGAUGAUGCAACCUCGACCGAGCUCGCUGCUCAUCCGCUCUCGCCAAGUUCGCUCCUUGAUGAUUUCAUCGGCCAGGCGCAGUCGGACGACAUGUUUUCUUACGUCGUCGACCAGAACGAGGGCCAGCUAUCAGCCGUUUACUAAGCGCCCGUGA